GAGAGAGGGAAAUAGAUGACAGAAUUAGAGAGCAGAGGGAGAGGGAGGCUGCAGAUAUCGAUGCCAUUAACAAUGAAGCGUUAGGACACAGAGAGGUAACAGUCAGCCACACAACGGCUGAGGGGGGUGCAGAUAUUUGAGGGGGGGCUCCUCCUCAGUGAGCACAGGAGGAGGAGGAGGAGGAGGAGGAGGAGGAUGGGCCUCGGACACAGACUUGCACUGGCGGUGCAAAGAUUGGAUUAAAGCAGUAUGCUGGACAAGAGUGAGGUGGCAACACUAGGCCUACCCUCCACCACCAGCCAUGGGGGCUCCGACGGUAACAUCAGCGCGGACGGAGCGGCUGCGGCCGCGGCGUCCACUGUCACGGCCGGCGGUGCCGAGGGCCCAGUGGCUGCCGAGCCACAGCGAACGCGCGCCGCUCUGGAGCACCUGCAGCAGAAGGUCCUGAAGGUCACCGAGCAGAUCCGCGUGGAGCAGGAGGCCCGCGACGACAACGUGGCCGAGUACCUCAAGUUGGCCCACAACGCCGACAAGCAGCAGGCCUCCAGGAUCAAGCAGGUGUUUGAGAAGAAGAACCAGAAGUCGGCACAGACCAUCGCACACUUGCACAAGAAACUAGAGCACUACCACAAGAAGCUAAAGGAGAUAGAACAAAAUGGACCGGCCCGACAGCCUAAGGAUGUCCUGCGGGACAUGCAGCAGGGACUGAAAGAUGUGGGGGCCAACGUUCGCGCAGGAAUAAGCGGUUUUGGAGGCGGCGUAGUCGAGGGCGUCAAAGGCGGCGUGACCGCUCUCACUCACACGGCCGUGGUCUCCAAGCCAAGAGAGUUCGCCAGUCUCAUCAGGAAUAAGUUUGGCAGCGCAGAUAACAUUGCUCACCUGAAGGACACACUUGAGGACGGAGUCGGGGGCCACUCCGAGGACACCCCCACACCCCGUGCGCUCAGUGGAAGCGCCACUCUGGUCUCCAGCCCAAAGUACGGCAGUGACGACGAGUGCUCCAGCGCCACGUCCGGCUCGGGACCGUGCAGUAAUUCUGGUGGUGCCGGAGGAGGAGGAGGAGGUGGAGGAGGCUUGUUAGGUCCCACCAUGGGGAGUCCAAGACUGGAUGGGCACCACCACCACCAUCACAUGCACAGCUCGUGGGACACUCUCCUGGAGGGCCUGCACGAGAUCAAGGCCAGCCAGGCGCACAUGGAGGACGCCAUUGACGACAUGAAGGGUCAGCUGCAGAGCGACUACUCCUACAUGACGCAGUGCCUGCAAGAAGAGAGAUACAGGUACGAGCGACUUGAAGAGCAGCUCAAUGACCUAACUGAGCUGCACCAGAAUGAGAUGACCAACCUGAAACAGGAGCUCGCCAGCAUGGAGGAGAAAGUGGCUUACCAGUCGUACGAGAGAGCGAGAGACAUUCAGGAGGCCGUGGAGUCGUGUCUGACCCGCAUCACUAAGCUGGAGCUGCAGCAGCAGCAGCAGCAGGUCGUCCAGCUGGAGGGAGUGGAGAACGCCAACGCGCGAGCUCUGCUGGGCAAACUCAUCAACGUCAUCCUGGCGCUCAUGGCCGUGCUGCUGGUCUUCGUCUCCACUCUGGCCAACUUCAUCACGCCGCUGAUGAAGACGCGGGCCCGCGUGGCCACCACUGUCCUGCUCACGUUGCUGCUCUUCGUCCUGUGGAAGCAGUGGGACUUUGUGGAGCCGUGGCUGCUGCCCAGCUGAGCGUCAACCGGGAACAAAAACACUGAAAGAUUCAGAGAUGAAGACAUCUGCACUUGUCCACUCUUGACUUUAUGAAAGAGUGGGGGACAUAACAUGGCAGGACAAGAACCGGCCUGUGAGACAAAAAGACAUCACCUCAUCUCGUCCAAAUCAACUGCCGUUGAUGAUCAAUCAUUGUCGAUUGCAUCGCUGUCACCAAAAACUCUCUCUCUCUUUCUCGAAAGACACAUCUUUGGAUUGUCUUUUAUUUGUGAAACAUGAAGUACAAAGAACACACAGCGACUGUAUAAAGCUGAUCAUGUUUGCUGUAACCUUCACGUUGAAGCCACCGUACAGACAUUGAUGUGAGAGGAUGAAUUGAAUGUCUUUGUGCUCAUGCAUGCACUGAAAUGCAUGAAGUGACAUUUCAUUCAUGACAUGAAGUGAAUAUUCCACAGUAGAACUGCCAUUGUGUUGUUUUUUCAGUGUCAAACCAUCAUUUCACAUCCUGCUGUUUUGCUUUCAUAGACGCUCGCUCUUUUCUUUUUUGUCUUUUCUUCUUGAAAUCAAAUGAACGGAUGAAAAAAACCACAAUAUCCACAAAACUUUCAGCACAAUAAUUCCACAAUGUUAUAAAACCUGUUAUGUUUCAUAAGCACUAUUGUAGAACUGCUACUUCACCGUGUCAAAAAUCCUACCUGGCAUGUCAACUUGUAUCAAAGUUUAUAUCCAGUUUGCAAAAACAACAACAAUAAUAAUAAUAACGAUGAUGAUUGCUGUUUUAUUAAACGAUUUAAGAAAUAAAUGAUUUCAUAUAUGA